CAAUCACUCCCUCGCAGCCGCCACUGGCAUCGCCGUCAUGCCGCUGUCCCCUACCACUGGUCCCUACGACGUUUCUACACUCACUCUAGAGAUACCACUGUCCUCACCUCGCGACUUCCACGCCGACUCAUACCGCUCAAACCCCUCAUCGUCGCACUCUGCGCCAGCUUUCCGGCUACAGACAGUCUUGCUCACCCUAUUCUACCCCAUCGAUGGACCCAAGACCUCCGCUGGCCACCAUGGGCUCGCCAAGGGUACACUGCCUUGGCUCACCACUCCCCGCUUGAAGAGCAUCGAAGGUCUCCUCAAGUAUGCCGGCGUGUCCAAGUACUUCGCUCUACCAGCGAUUCUUCCAGCUUACCAGGUUCUUCUUGCGAAGCUCCCCUUCUACCAGAAUGCACCUCUUGCAAAGGCCGAAAGCCCGCGCAAGUGGCCGACUGCUCUCUUCUCGCAUGGACUUGGAGGUACUGCCGUGACAUACUCUUCGUACCUUGCGUCCUUGGCAUCUCAAGGCGUAGUCGUGGCAGCUGUAGAACACAGAGAUGGCACCUGCCCCGCUACGUCCAUUCGCACGCGAGCAGAGGAUGGCAAAAAGGUACACGAGCACAGUCUACUGUACUUCAAGGAUGAGGAAGUCAAGACGCCAUCAGCUCCGGGUGGCAAGUGGGACUUCAGACAGGCCCAGCUCGAGUUCAGGCGAGCCGAGCUGCACGAGCUGCUGCGAUUGGUCAAGGAGCUCAAUUCCGGCCAAGGAGAAGCUCUUACCGCUGCCUCUACAAGGGGAGGCCCGGAACUUGCCAAUGCUGAUUUGUCCUCAUGGCAGGGCAAGCUGGACGUAGACGAUGGACUGUUGCUCCUGGGCCACUCCUUUGGUGGCGCCACAGUUCUGACCGAUCAGCUGUCAACCGACGCAAUCGAAGGUCCAGUCGAUGGCUCUGGCACAAAGAUCAAGGCCAAGCUAGCCAUCUUGCUCGACCCUUGGCUUGAGCCUCUGCCCAUCGCCCUCGACAACACGCCUGCAUCGAAUACUCGCACGCCGUUCCUCACCAUCAAUUCGCAGGGAUUCACAGUCUGGAAGCCCCACUUUGACAGGCUGAAGAGGCUGAUCGCAUCCUCGACACCUACCUCGGCAGCUAAGCAAGACGCGGAUCGCCCUUCCAGCACCCUCCUCACGCUGACUGGCUGCAAGCAUACGGACUUUUCAGACUUCCCAUUUCUGAUCCCUCGCCUCUUUGCAUCUAGUGUCGAGCCCUUGAGAUGUCUCAGGAUCUUCUCUGAGCUCAGUAGAAGAGCAAUCGAUGAUGAGACCAUCUGGGAUGGUCAGUCAGUAGGUACUGUGAAGCUAAGCGAGGGUGAGGACGUCAAUAUUAGAUGGGAAACGGACAGUGAGGCGGGAGGAAGCAAGGAAAUGGGCGAGCCUGGAGUCUUGGUACAGCAUCGCCUUUAGUGAGCAAGAGCAGCAAGAACGGGUGCGAAAUACGCGCUGCAUAGAUAGCAUACCAUCAUCAGACAUCAGUAGACUUCAUCAGACGAACAAUGUACAUUACGCAUCAUCAUAUCAUCGACUCGUGCCGCGCCACUUUACAAUGGUCUCAUCCUACGCAUGUACCAUUUCUAAUCUACAAUGUGGAUCUGCCACUCAUGCGACGACUGCCUUCUUGUAGCCUUCGAAGUCAUAGUCGAUGCCAGCC